AUGUUUGACUUUGAAGACGACGCGUCAACACGCGAAAAGUGCUUCACAACGGUCGCGGAGCUCCCCACAUUCGUCAACCCGAAGCAGAUCCCAGCCAAAAAGGCCCCGUUCUCUACGAUUUUUAAUUACCCCUUUGUGCAUACAGUUGAAGCGAUUCUUCCAGAGGAGAUUUACACAACCAUCCAGACAUCGCUGGAUACCAAACUGGAGAAGAUUCAGUAUGCUCGAGUAUUCAUGUCCCCUGGCGACCUGCUGGAGCAUGAGUUUUUUAACACCUACAUCAAAACUGGUGAUAUUAUCAUGAUCUCUGAAGGUCGCUCAGGCUCAGACAAUGUAUUUACAUUACGCGAUGGUUGGCAGCUCCCCAGAAGCAUUUUACGCGAUGACCCGCGAUGGACCGCGAUGGACCGCGUGGCUAAAACUCAUACCACAGGAAUCCUUAAAAUUGAACUCGGCAAGGAGUUAUUUGAGCGCACAGGUCUCACUGGAACUCCUAUUCGCAGUGGCGGUAGAAAACAUGGAAAGGAACGAUUCUUGAUUGAGCUCAACUUACGGCUCCCCUCGAUGCUCCAUGGCAAGAAGGGCUUUGAGCGAAUCGAGAGGGCCUUCAAAAAUGUCCUGAACCAGUCAUUAGCAUGGCUGUUCUGCGACUUACAUCAGGGUGACAGUGCAGCAGUCAAAAAGCACCACCCACAGUUGAUCGAGUCUGGCCCCCAACAGACCAGGCUUGGCCGAAUUCUGGAACCGCCAUUAUCUGGGGUAGUAUCUAGGGAGAUGUCUGAACCAGAUGUGCAAGAGACAUGCGGAUCCCUUUCUGAAUGGAUUGCCAUGGUUCAGCUUGGGUCCCCGCGCGUGUCUGCCGACGAUGACGUUGAUCCAUAUCUCAGUCGGUACACGGUGCCUGACGCCGGUCAAACGCGUACCACCGAUUUGAUCAGUUUGAAAUGGCAUGGUCUUAUUUCCUCCAAGUGGAUCAUGCAGCUAUUCGUUGCUUUAUUGAGCCAUACCUCAAAGUCUCAGACCUCGCCUUCAUGGUUUGUUCUAUCCGCUUCAGCGCUGGGAAAGCAAGCCGUAGAGGGAAAAGACGGUUUUACCAUCGCGGCUUCUCCAAACCUGCUGUCCGGACCAGCUGGCGCAAAGGAAAAUGAAGCUUCCGACUCUAAAAAUCUCCACGCUAUUUGCUGGGAGUACAUCGGGGCAACCGCUACCGACCAAUGA